ACUUCCUGUCAGUCGCACGUCAGCUGCAAUAUGUUUCGUUUUCGGUGAUAAAAUAUAAUUAUUUAUUAAAAAAUAAAAAUUUAUGAGUUGAAAGCUUAAGGUAAUGUUAUUAUAAAAUGUCUGAAGAAGAGGUUGUGGAUAUAGAACUAGAGCUGGACGAUCUCUUGACGAAAGUCCAGCCCAAUUUGCAAGAUGUAAUCAAAAGGAGUUUUACGAAUGUGGCGCUGCAGCAGACGAAGAAUGGUGAACAAAUCAAGCCUGACACACUGGGUGAUACUUCAUAUUUUGCCAAAAAUACACAAGUCAACCUCUCCCGCUUAGAACUGGUGAAGCCUCCUACAUUCCACAUGCAGUCUGUAUCUCUAGAUCUAAAGUCUAUGAGCCUCACACUACGCUGUUCACUAGGGGAGGUCAAUGUGAAGGGGCUUUACAGUGCAUUUAAUGAGAACCUCUACAACCUUAUACCGGUGAUGGCCGAAGGACAUGUUCUAAUAUCAUUAUCAAACAUGAUCGCAGAUGUGAGAGUGGGGUUAGUGUUGGAAGACGAUGCCUUCUCAUUCAUCAACCCUGACAUUGAUUUUACACAUGAUGAAGUGCUUGUUAAGUUAUCCUGGCCAUCGCCCCAGAGGACUGGUGGAUACGAAUUUGCGACAACAGAGCAGCUAGCAAAACAUAUUGAUGACCUGCCUCUCACGGCAGCGGUCUCCCUGCCUCUGUACGCGCUGCUCCGGGAGAAACUUCAGCGACACCUAGCGCUGGUGCUGCGUCAGGCCACCAGCGUCUCCGAGGUCAUGUGCUGCAACCCCUCGCUCAUGGAAGCUUAUAGUGGUAUGAUCGCGUGCCUGUCGCAGAACGGCAACAAGGUGAUCGACAUGAUACUGAUCAACCUGCGCCGAACGUUACUGCAGAGUUGUCGAGAGGUGCUGCAGCUACCGCCUAUACAUGCCACCUUCAUGCAUAAGAUAGGAUCACUGUCGUUUAUCGGCAAGUUCGAGACGGACACCGGGUGGGUGAAGAACUUGGCCACUAUCAACCGCAUCAGUGACGUCAGCGUGACCCGCCCCGACCCCAUGAAGACCUCCUUCCAUGUCACCUUGAGGAUUAAGGAUUUGCAAAUCGGUUACGACGAGUACCGUAUCCGCGCGAUGGGCGUGUCGUGCACGGGCCGCGCGACGGCCGCGCUGCAGCGCCACUCGCUGCACCUCGCGCUCACGCUCGGCCUCGCGCGCUGGGAGCCCUACGCGCAGCUCGACCAUCUCACUAUACAGAACUUGGACUGUGCGGACCUACACGUAACAGGACUCGGGCCACUAAACGGUGCUUCGAACUUAGUAUGUGCGUGGCUGCGCGGCGCCGCCACCGCGCUCGCCGCUCCCGCCGUCUCCGCUCAAGUGCAACACGAGUUACAUACUGCGUUACACGAACUACCACUGUGGGACUUGCUACACGCUAAACAAUGAUACGCGUACACGCUACUACGCAUACACACUGCAACGCGUAUACACUGCUACGCGUACACGCUACUACGCGUACACACUACAACGCGUAACGUGCUACGCGGCAAAGUUAUUCCUGUGUUACAACAACGUUUUGCACUCGUGUUUUGUGUGCUCGCUACGGAAGACAGCGUUAUUUGUUGCGCGUAAUGUUACCGUAGUCAUGUACCAUAAUGUGUUUCAAUUGUUGGUUGUAGCUGAUAUUCAAGAAUUUACGUAUAAUCCUGAUAUUUGAACUGCCAGCGAUUUUGUGACUGUAUUUAUAUUAUUUUAUAAUUGUUAAACAUGUAACAUUUGUUUUUGAAGCACUUAUUAGAUAAACAGUGAAAUCUCGAAACUAAUAUGUAUAUUUUUCUCCACUGUUUUCUUAUAUUCUUUUUUUGUUACGUUUACAUUAUUUUUUUCUUAAAGAUUUUAUAUACAAACCAUUGAGUGAGAAACAUUAGCGUACAAUUACGUACCGCAAGUUUUUACUACGUAUAAGUACGCAUGUGUUGCGUACAACACUAAAGUUUUAUGAUUCCUACGAGUACAACAGGCGUAAGCACCAUUAUAGUUGGCCGAUUACUUGCUAGGAAAGACCUAAUUCCUUGUAUUUUUUAAUGUAUUCUUGACUUUUAUUUUAUUUGCAAUAAAGCAUAUUCUAUUUUUAUCUUUUAGUAUCCAUCUUCUUGACAAAUAAAAAAAUAACUAUAUCGUGUGAGGUUGUUCAUAAGUAUAUUCAUAGACUACAAUUUGAAACUGUCCGUAGUUUUUACCUAAAUAGCUAGAGCUGGGAAGCAUACUAUUUUCCUUUAUUUAACCAUGUUAUAAAUAUGUAAAAACAAUGUAUACUGACUGCGUUUAAAUGUUAAAUAUCCAUCAUUUUUGAGAGUUGUAUUUUGUGUAAAAUAAAUUAAUAUUAUUUACUAGAUAAGCAAAUAUCAUUGUGUGUAUAUGAGUUUUAUAAAUAGCAAUAAUAAAUUAUUCUUGUAAUAAUCACUACAUAUGUCGUAAGUACACGUAUUUUUUACAAUGGUACACUCUUUAAAGUACAUUAAGACGGAAAGCAAUAAAUUAACGAUAUUAAAAAUA